AUGGCCAUGGAGCAGGGAAGAGUGACGGAAUUCAAAGGAAAGAGCCUCGACCAGAUACAAAUUGAGCCUGAAGGGAGAGCAGUAGAGAUCCUCUCACAAACGGACGGGCUAAAAGAAACUUCAAGCGGAGAACCUUCAACCAUUCAUCCAGAUGCACCCCAUGUAAAAAUACUGAACUCAAAGAAACCACAGAAACCACAGAAGCUAAAGAAGCCACAGAAGCUACAGAAGCUGAAGAAGCCACAGAAGCUACAGAAGCUGAAGAAGCCACAGAAGCUGAAGAAGCCACAGAAGCCACAGAAGCUAAAGAAGCCACAGAAGCUACAGAAGCUGAAGAAGCCACAGAAGCUACAGAAGCUGAAGAAGUCACAGAUGCUGAAGAAGCCACAGAAGCUGAAGAAGCCACAGAAGCUGAAGAAGCCACAGAAGCUGAAGAAGCCACAGAAGCUGAAGAAGCCACAGAAGCUGAAGAAGCCACAGAAGCCACAGAAGCCACAGAAGCUGAAGAAGUCACAGAAGCUAAAGAAGCCACAGAAGUCACAGAAGCUAAAGAAGCCACAGAAGCCACAGAAGCCACAGAAGCUGAAGAAGUCACAGAAGCUGAAGAAGCCACAGAAGCUGAAGAAGCCACAGAAGCCACAGAAGCAACAGAAGCUACAGAAGCCACAGAGGCUAAAGAAGCUACAGAAGCUACAGAAGCUACAGUACAGAAGCUACAGAAGCCACAGAAGCUGA